AUGCCCGUCUACUGCAUCACAGGCACGAACCGGGGCCUCGGGCUCGAGUUUGUCCGCCAGCUCGCCCAGUCUCCAGACAACACCAUCAUCGCCGCCACGCGGUCCCUCUCGUCCGACCUCAGCGACCUCAAAGCCGUUGCAUCUCCCUCGACGCACAUUCUCGAGUGCGACACCAGCAACGUCGCCUCGAUCCACGCCUUCGUCAAGGAAGUCAAGCAAACCCUCGGCGAUGAAAAGAAGAUCGACUUUCUGCUGAACAGCGCGGGCGUGAACGUCGCCUCGUCGCAGAGUUCCCUCUCGCUCGGCCCGGACGAGCUGCAGCAAAACAUCGCCGUCAACGUCAUCGGCCCGGCCAAGAUGGUAGAGCUGCUCCUCGACGCGGGCCUGCUGUCCAAAGACGUCCGCAUUCUUAAUAUGACAUCGGGCCUGGGCAGCCUGCAGCGCAGCUCCGAGAUCAAGCCGCGGAAAUGCGCCCCGUACUCCAUCUCCAAGGCCGGCCUGAACAUGCUCACGGUGCACCAGAGCGAGGAUCUGAAGCCGCACUUGCCUGGGUCCGUGGUCAUCUGCAUGGAUCCCGGGUGGGUGAAGACGCGGAUGGGCGGAGAUGGGGCGGUGCUUGAGGCGAGUCAGAGCAUUGGGGAUAUGUUGAAGGUUCUGCAUGGGUUGAAAGCCGAGGAUACGGGGUCGUUUUACCACCACACCGGCGAGAAGAUCCCCUGGUAA